AGAAUCCAUACAGGAGAGAAACCGUAUAGCUGUGAUCAGUGUGGGAAGAGUUUUAAUGUUCCAAGCAGCCUGAAAACACACCAGAGGACCACACACAGGAGAGAAACCUUAUAGUUGUUGUCAAUGUGGAAAGAGUUUUUCUUCGUCAAGCCGUCUGACUAUACACCAGAGAACACACACAGGAGAGAAUCCUUAUAUCUGUGAUCAAUGUGGGAUGAAUUUUWCUACAUCUAGCCAGCUGACUUUGCACCAGAGAACACACACAGGAGAUAAGCCUUAUAKCUGUAAUCAAUGUGGGAAGAGUUUUGCUCACUCACGCAGCAUGACAGCACACCUGAGAAUACACACUGGCGAGAAACCCCACUGUUGCUCUGACUGUGAGAAGAGAUUCACCUCUUCAGCAGACCUUAAAAUACAUCAGAGAAUCCAUACAGGAGAGAAACCUUAUAGCUGCUCUGACUGUGGGAAGAGCUUUUCAAAAUCAUCUACAUUACAAUCACACCAGAGAAUUCACACCGGAGAGAAACCUUAUAGCUGCUCUGACUGUGGGAAGAGCUUUUCAAAAUCAUCUACAUUACAAUCACACCAGAGAAUUCACACUGGAGAGAAACCUUAUAGCUGUUAUCAAUGUGGGAAGAGYUUUACUGAAUCUAGACGGCUAACUACACACCAGAGAACACACACCGGAGUGAAACCUUACCACUGCUCUGACUGUGGAAAGAGAUUUGUUUCGUCAGGACAUUUAAAAUCACAUCAGAGAACACACACAGGAGAGAAGCCUUAUAGCUGUGAUCAAUGUGGGAAGAGCUUUACUCACUCAAGCAGCCUGACUAUACACCAGAGAACACACACAGGAGAGAAACCUUAUAGCUGUGAUCAAUGUGGGAAGAGUUUUGUUACAUCUAGCCAGCUGACUAUACACCAGAGAACACACACAGGAGAGAAAUCUCAUAGCUGUGAUCAAUGUGGGAAGUGUUUUGUUACAUCUAGCCGCUUGACUAUACACCAGAGAACACACACAGGAGAGAAACCUUAUAGCUGUACUCAAUGUGGGAAGAGUUUUGUUACAUCUAGCAGUCUGACUAUACACCAGAGAACACACACAGGAGAAAAACCUUAUAGCUGUAAUCAAUGUGGGAAGUGUUUUACUACAUCUAGCCAUCUGUCUAUGCACCAGAGAACACACACAGGAGAGAAUCCUCAUAGUUGAAAUCCAUGUGGGAAGAAUUUUACUCUAUCACACCAGAGAACACACACAGGAAAUAAAUAUUGUAGCUGUGAUCAAUGUGACAAGAGAUACUCUAGUAAAAGAUCUCUCAUCAAACAUCAGAAAAUACAUGAAGGAGUUGUUUCUCAAUAUCAAUGAAAUAAGGUCACAAUGUAGAAUAUUUUAACAUUGUAGCAGGAGUAUUUUAAUGAUGUCACAAUGUAGAAUUUUUUAACAUUCUAGAAGUAGUAUUUUAAUGUCACAAUGUAGAAUGUUUUUAACA